AUGUAUAGAAAAAAUCAAAGUGGGGGUUAAAAAAGCGUUUAAAAUUUAUUCAUUUUGAUAAUUUUACAAGAAUAAGGGCAAUAAUCAAUGAUUCAUUUGUCUAUUACUUUUCAGGUAUUUUAAUUACAACAAUUAAAAAAACCUAUUAUCAUUGUGAGUUCUUUAAAGAAUUUACUGAUAAUAGCGAAUGAAAAAUAUAGUAGUCAACUCAUACUUAAUCAUUGAGGUGAUUUAUUUUUAUUACGUAUUAACUAGAGAGUUAUUAUUAAGCUUCAUGAAUUUUAAAUGAGGAAAAUAAUUAAAAAAAAAUAGCCAGUUAUUUUUUAAUACUAACUGCUUGAAUUAAAUAUUAUAGUUCUAAUCAAUCUAACUCUACUUUGAUGAGUAUGGCUUUAGAUAAGUGAGUAUCUUCUGUUAAAAGUUAUAUUAAAAACGAGAUUAUCAUAUAGUUGUAUGGUAUAAAUACAAAUGGAUUUUUCUUUUGUAAAAUAACAUUUUAAUUAAAUUAACACAAUCAAUGGGAUCUUGCUCCUCAAAAAAAUUAUAAACACAUCAUACUUUGGCUCUUAACUCGUAGACAACAUGUGCUUAAGUUCAUUCUCGAAUGACCUGGGCUGACAAAUGCUUACAGCAACCAAAAGAGAGAAUAAUUCAACCCUACAAUCCUAACAGUUCAAAUACUAAAUAUAUCAUUAGGUCUCCAAUAUUAGUAUAAUGUAGAAGUGGAAGGAGUCAUUUUUGACAUCAUAGCCCCUCCAGACCUAUUAGACGAUGAUAACUUAGAGCCUUUUGAAGAAGAAUGAGGCUGUAUUUAUUUGAUACCCACUUCAUAUAUAUAUAUGAAAUGUAAUUAUAA